AUGGAUCAAACAUCGGCUACGGGUGCUGCUGCGGCUGCCUCAGCAGCACCCACAACUUCAUCGGCUGCCCCAGCUGUACCCGCAGCACCACCAGCUGCCCCGGCUGCCCCGGCCCCAUCAACUUGCUCUUGCCCAGCGCGCAACCCUAAGGGCCGGGUCCGGGGUGAAGUUGCUAAGAGUGUCGAGGACGCUCCCGGGCGCUCUGCCAUGUGGAUCGUCCAUUUGAUGUCUCGCGAGCCUGGUCGAACUGUACAAGGGCCCUCUGAUGGCUGGCUCCGCGACGUUUCCCUUCUCGGCUAUCUACUUCCCAACUUACUCCCACCUAAAGAAGGGACCUUUUCGGCGAGUCAAAGACCAAGAAGGUGGGCCGGCCUAAUCUGCCACCGAUUCGAACUGCUAUCUCGAUUGCCUCCAUGGCAGCCGGUCUUUUCACCGUAG